AUGAGUAUAUCUGAUAUAUUUGGUGAAUUACAAUGGAAUUCUACACCAAUGUCAAAUCGUACAUUGACUAGAUCAUCAAUGAGUGAUAGUCCAACUUUAAAUUCAAUAAUAAAUGGACAUAAUCCUACUGAAACUAUUAAUGGAUUCCAAGAGGAAUCGACCAUUGUAUCACAGAAAACAACAUCAAUGCCUGUAGUACAAAGACAAAAACAAUGGACAAUAGAUGCAGCGGGUGUACCCCAUUUUCUAUGUGUACUUUCCAAGAAAAAUCAUCUUCUUUUUGCUUGUGAUAAAUUUGGUUCUAUUGAUUUAUAUCAACUUGAUAGUAAUGAACCGAGUACUAGUCCUCGUCAUUUACGACAAUUUGAACUUUUUCCUGGAAAUACGACUAAUCCACAACCACAAAUUAUUGAAACAUUUACUGUUUAUACACCAUUUAUUGUAGUUGCAGCUCAUUUAAAUGAUCAAGCUGAUACAAGUUCAAUAUAUUUUUUUGAUCAUCGUGGUUUAAAACAAGCUGAUACAUGUUUACAAAAUUUUCCUGUUCGACAACUUUCAGCUGAUGUUAGUUUUAAAUGUUUAUGGGGUAUUGAUCGUCAUCAACAUGCAGUUUAUUAUAAUCAAUUACCAAUGAAUGUUCAACAAAUUCCAACUUACAUAGAACAUCGUGAAGAAUUUAUUAAAUUUAAUCGGAGUUUUGAACCAAUAAGAAUAGCUCAAAAUCAAACAUCUAUUGCUAUUGUUGAACGUAAUUCUCAAUGUGCACACAUAUUCAAUAAACAAACAAAAAAACAAAUAGAUGAAAUUGAAAAUUUAUUACGUACAAAAGGAAUAUUUCGUUUAUGGAAUGUUCUACUUCGUGAUGAUAAUUCAAUGGUACUUAAAUUGGAUGAAGAUUUACCUCCCAAUAGUCGACCACCUUCAAUAAACCAUCUUGUUCUGGAACUUGAUCCUAAAGGUAAACCUAUAUCACAAAUUGAACGAACAUCUGUUUAUGGUCUUGCUAUUGGUCCAAAUCAAGAAAUUUUACUUGGUUGUAAAAGACAUCAACAGAAUGGAUUAAUUGAAUGUUAUAUUUAA